CCCCGGCUCGGCCGAGGCUGCUCGGGCUCCGCUCGCCGCCUCCCGCCGCCGUCCCUCGCCGCAGCCCCGCGGAGCCGGAGCCGGGUCCCGCCGAGGGCCAAGAAACUUCCCAAGAGCUUUCUCCCACUCUCCUGUUGAUGUGCCCUGUGUCUCCAUGUGCUGGGGAUCUGUAAAAACAGGAUCCACUGGGAAUUUUUAGCACUUUAAGGUACAACAAUGGUGGCACCUGUGCUGUUCCAGUGGAUUCUGAGAGGGCUUAUUCUCACUUUCCUGCUCAAAACUACCCUGUCCCUAAAUCCAGAUGAUCCAAAUGUUUGUAGUCACUGGGAAAGCUACGCCGUGACCGUGCAGGAAUCCUAUGCUCACCCCUUUGACCAGAUCUACUACACACGAUGCACAGACAUCCUCAACUGGUUCAAGUGCACCAGGCACAGGAUCAGCUACAAGACCGCCUAUCGCAGGGGGCUGCGCACCAUGUACCGCCGGCGCUCGCAGUGCUGCCCCGGCUACUACGAGAGCGGGGACUACUGCAUACCACUGUGCACAGAGGAGUGUGUGCAUGGAAGAUGUGUCUCUCCUGACACGUGUCACUGUGAACCAGGCUGGGGAGGGAAUGAUUGCUCAAGUGGCUGUGACAGCGAGCACUGGGGGCCCCACUGCAGCAACCGCUGCCAGUGCCAGAACGAAGCGCUCUGCAACCCCAUCACGGGCGCCUGCGUGUGCGCCGACGGCUUCCGCGGCUGGCGCUGCGAGGAGCUCUGCGAGCCGGGCACCUACGGCAAGGGCUGCCACUUCCAGUGCCAGUGCCACCACGGCGCCACCUGCGACCACCAGACCGGAGAGUGCCACUGCGCCCCCGGGUACACCGGCGUGUUCUGCGAGGAGCGGUGUCCCCCCGGCAGCCACGGAGCGCAGUGCGAGCUGCGCUGCCCCUGCCAGAACGGGGGCGUUUGUCACCACAUCACUGGGGAGUGCUCCUGUCCUGCUGGAUGGAUGGGACUGGUGUGUGCACAGCCUUGUCCUCCUGGAACCUUUGGAAUUAACUGCAGCCAGGACUGUCCAUGCCACAACGGAGGGCACUGUGACCCCGUGACAGGAAAAUGCCUGUGUACAGCUGGCUAUAUAGGAGACAGGUGCCAGGAGGAGUGUCCCAUCGGCACCUAUGGCUUCCAGUGCGCGCACACCUGUGCCUGCCAGAACGGCGCCAAGUGCUACCACGUCAACGGCGCCUGCAUCUGUGACCCCGGCUUCAAAGGCGUCCACUGCCAGGAGAGAAUGUGUCCUGAAGGCUUCUAUGGCCUCAAGUGCAACAAGAGAUGCCCCUGCAAUAUUACUAACACCCUCAGUUGCCAUCCUCUGUCUGGGGAGUGCAGCUGCAAGGCUGGCUGGGCUGGGCUCUACUGCAACGAGACGUGUCCCGUGGGCUACUACGGCGAGGGCUGCCAGGCGCCCUGUCCCUGCCACAACGGGGCCGACUGUGACAGCAUCACUGGCAGCUGCAUCUGCGCCCCAGGCUUCAUGGGAGAUGACUGCACCAUUCCCUGCAUGGCAGGGACCUACGGCACCAAUUGCUCCUCGGUCUGUAGCUGCAAGAACGAUGGCACUUGUUCCCCUGUGGACGGGCUGUGCUACUGCAAAGAAGGGUGGCAAGGAGUGGAUUGCUCUAUUCCCUGUUCAAGUGGAAGCUGGGGGCUGAACUGCAACCAGACAUGUUCCUGCAGCAAUGGAGCAUCCUGCAGGCCAGCUGAUGGCUUCUGCCUCUGCUCCCCAGGAUGGCAGGGGGAGUUCUGUGACCAGCCUUGUCCUGAUGGAACAUAUGGCCUUAAUUGCAGCGAGCGUUGUGAUUGCAACCACGCGGACGGGUGUGAUCCUGUCACCGGCUACUGCUGCUGCCUUGCAGGCUGGACAGGCAUCCACUGUGACAACAUCUGCACCCAGGGCCGCUGGGGACCCAACUGCUCCAUCUCCUGCAGCUGUGAGAACGGGGGAUCCUGCUCCCCUGAGGAUGGAACCUGUGACUGUGCACCGGGAUACAGAGGGCCCUUGUGCCAGAGAAUUUGCCCCCCCGGGUUUUACGGGCACCACUGCAGCCAGCCGUGUCCCCAGUGCGUGCACAGCAAUGGUCCCUGCCACCACGUGUCCGGGCUGUGCGACUGCCUGCCCGGCUUCUCCGGGCCCCUCUGCAACCAAGUGUGUCCCAGUGGGAAGUUUGGGAAGGACUGUGCUGAGGUGUGUCAGUGCACCGAGAACGGGACCUGCAACCCCAUCGACGGCUCCUGCCAGUGCUUCCCGGGCUGGAUCGGCAUGGACUGCUCCCAGACUUGUCCCACUGGGUUUUGGGGCCCUGAUUGCUUUCAUUCAUGCAACUGCCACAACGGAGCACUGUGCAGCCCCUACGAUGGAGAAUGUAGAUGCACCCACGGUUGGACGGGGCUCUACUGCACUCAGCGUUGCCCAGCUGCUUUUUAUGGGAAGAACUGUGCCAAUGUGUGCCAGUGCCAGAACGGGGCCGACUGUGACCACAUCACCGGGCAGUGCACGUGCAGGACGGGCUUCACAGGCAAACAGUGUGAGCAGAAGUGCUCUCCAGGAACAUUUGGUUAUGGUUGCAAACAGUUGUGUGAGUGCAUGAACAAUGCAACGUGUGACCACGUCACAGGCACUUGCUACUGCAGUCCAGGCUUCAAAGGAAUCCGAUGUGAUCAAGCGGCUCUUAUGAUGGAAGAAUUAAACCCCUAUACUAAAAUUAGCCCUGCUCUUGGAUCAGAGAGGCACUCAGUGGGAGCAAUCAUUGGAAUUAUUAUUCUCCUUCUAAUUAUUAUGGUCUUGCUGGCACUCUUUGUGUGGUAUCGACGGAAACAGAAGGAGAAGGGCCAUGACAUGCCAAGUGUAUCUUACACUCCAGCCAUGAGGAUGACUAAUACAGAUUACUCACUUUCUGAUUAUAUGAAAGAAUCUGUGUGCAGCUCCAGCACUUGUUCCCUGAACAGCAGUGAAAACCCAUAUGCCACCAUUAAAGACCCCCCCAUUUUAACCUGCAAACACUCUGAGAGCAGCUACGUGGAAAUGAAAUCACCUGGUCACAGGGAGUCCCCGUAUUCCGAAAUGCCAACUUCAUCAACAGCCAAUAAAAACAUCUACGAAGUUGAGCCCACUGUCAGCAUAGUCCAAGACGCCCGCAGCCGGAGCACCAGCUACCUUCAGAGCCCCUAUGACCUGCCCAGGAACAGUCACAUUCCUGGGCACUACGACCUGCUGCCCGUCCGGCACAGCCCCACGCACGGGCCUUCCUGGGACAAGCAGUCCUAGAGGGAUGGACUUCACUGGGCACUGUGCUGCCAACACAGACUGUGAGGAAGCAGAGGAAAAGCCAUUCCUUCCUUUCCUGCGGACUGGCAAGGACUUAACACGACAUCAGCUUGGGCCAACUGCUGCUGCAUGAUGUUAUUUAUAAAGACAUUUUUGUAUGGGUACCUGGAACUAAUGAGAGCCUCCUCCACGUGGGACUGGAGCACAUCCCCCCAGGAAGGUGUCUUCAUGCUCCAGGCAAAAACUCUCUGUGGCGUGUUCUAACCCUGGCUUUGCUGUAAAAUAAACCACAAAAACAUGCUAAGUAGAAGGACUUCAGGAUGUACAUUUCUACUGACUGCAGCAAGAGAUCUUUUACUGUUAGGAACAAGGUGACUAGGAAUACGCUGGAAUUUAUUUUCAUCUUUUCAUGGGAAUGGACAUUUUUCUGAAUGAGAGCAGGGAAACUUGUCAUUUCACUCUCUGGAAAGCUCAUUUACUGCCAUCACCAUGUGCAACCUGUGCAGAUCAUGCUUGGUAAUUAGCAUUGAGAUUGUCAUCUCCAUAUUCAGUACCAGAGAAUUUGAGUUGAGGAAUAUUAACACAGACACUUUCUGUGCAGUUUUUAGUAUCUUUCCAAACAUCCCCUGAUCUUUGUUAACAAAUGGAGUUUCCACAAUGCGUCUCACACUCACCACACUUUUAAUGUUGAUUGGCACAGGUAGGCUUUGAUUUUCCUUAUGCAGCUUCUCUUUUGGUAGAUAAAUCCAGCAGAUCUGUCAGGCAAUUUAAACUGCUGCUCCUCCAAUUCCUGCCCUGGGAUGCUGCAGGUUUGCACAGACCAGCCCUGGUUUCAUUUCCUUUCUCAAAGCUGAGCCACAUCGGCUUCUCUCUCCCAUCUUCCCAAAUCAUCUCCUCAUGAUUCACUCUCAGCAUGCCACUGAUGACACCUCUUAAUCUGAUGUGCAUUACCAUGUAGUGCAACUUUAUCCAUUGAUGAUUCUACCUGAAAUGUCAUUAAAUAGAGCUGAAACUGGGUUUUCUUUUUCAGCAGCUGUUUGUGAAGUAAUUAUCAAGGGUCUGACCCAUGGUAAAAUUUUGGACUGAGCCACCAUGAUAUUUUUUUUUAAUUUAUAAUCUCUAUUGACCUAGAAAGUAGAGUACUUGCCGUUAGUUCCUUGUAGACUUUGAGCAUGAAGUAGUAUUGACUCUAAGUAUGUAAUUUUAUUAGGCAAACGUGGAAGUAGCAAGUUGAUUGCCUUUUAAAUAUAAAAAAUAUUCUAUUGCACAUUCGCCAGUCUGAUGGAAGCAGAGGAGAACGACACCAGCCCCGUGGGUUUGCUCACAGCACGAUCCCAGGAGUGACCUGCAGAGCUCAGGACUGGCAAGAGGAGCCCUCCAGCUCGGGGGCAGCAGCUGGAUCCCAGCUCUGGGAAUACUCUGGAUCCUUGGAGCACCGUGGUGGGACCCAGCUGUGUCCCCACAGAUGGGCUCAGUCCCCAUGCCUGGGAUCACGGCCCCUGGCUCUGGGCAUUCUGCCCCUGGAGCCUUUCCCCUUGGAGCCAGGACUCCCCAGGUGGUCAGGCUGGCUCUGAACCCCAGUCUGAGCCUGGACACCCCCAGGACACCCCCAGGACAGCCCCAGGCUCCUGCAGGAUCCUGCCCACGAGGUUUCCCGAAUGCUGCAUGUGUGCAUGGGGGCCGUGGCUGAUCAGCAAUAGCAAUUUUGUUUUCCAGGAAAGCCUUAUUUGAGAUGUAAGGAAACAAUUAUUUUGUAGGCCCAGUAGGAAUAUAUUUUGCAUACACGAAUAGAAAGAUUUACCUCAAAAAUAUCAAGAGAAAGGCAGUUGGAUAAGAAAUACUCUUGUUAGGACCCACCUCGGCACCCAGCACAAGCAGCCUGAGCUGCUGGCCUGACCCACGUUUGUGUGUUGCUGUAGUUUGCAAUGAGACUCCAGAGAGCAGAGAUGUGCUCAGUUGUUUGGUUUGGUUUUUUUUCAAAGCAGGAUUUUGAAACCAAAUGCAAUGAUGUGCAUAGAGCUUAACAGGAAAAAAAAAACCAACAAAACCAACAAAAAAAGUACCUUCUUGUAUAUCAGCAUUAGCUUAGGAAACAGGCACCAAAAUGGCAAUACUUUUUUAAGGCAAGACAGAUUUGUAAUAUAUU